UUUGUGUACAUUCUACUAAAUGUUGUCAUUAGAUCGGAUCUGAGACAAAAAUACAUCAUUUGCUGAUUGAAAGUUCGGUUGAAAUGUGACUAAUUGACAUUUUAAUGACAAAUAAUGUUCUUAUAUUCUGAGUGCAUAUUCCUAAUUCUUCAACUUUUUUGGACAUCAUCCUUGUUGUCUGAACUGUCAAAGCUUGCAGAGUUGUGAAUUCAUCGGUGUAGUCUGAAAACAUGACCACAAUUCCUGUCACAAGAAAUCACUCUCUGGAUGAAGAAGAAAUACAUACCCUUAGUACUAGUCGAAUGUUGGAUCUUGAUGAACAUAAAUUCAGUGAUGUUAGUCAUGCUGAUUGGCUAGAAUCUUCACCUGCAGAUAUAAAACCAGUGAUUCCAUCACCUGUCCUUCGCCGGCACAAUUCCGUCCCAGCUGAAAUGCCUAGUGCUGCUGCCUCAUCUCCCUCUCCUCAAGGAGGACUGCAAUCUCCAAAUAGCUACGAUCCUGUUCAUGAUCUCCCCCAAGAAUUGCUGCUCGCUGGAUGGCGCAAAUUCUGGAGCAGGCGAGAGAACCGGCCGUAUUUCUUCAACAAGGUUACGAAUGAAUCUCUGUGGGAAAUGCCAAGACUGGGAUUUUAUGACCCUUCUACAGAUCCUUUAGGCAUUCAAAUGUCUCCAGGUGCAAGCGAGCCUCAUACUCCUGUAACACCAGUAACACAGCCACCAUUUCCUCGUAUUGAAAAAAGGAGGGCAUCUGAAGAUGGAGUCUCGCAAAGUCCCAAGAAAUUCUGUCGGAGUGGCUGUUGGAAUUUGGAAAUUCCUACCAAUGUUGUCAUAUGGGAACGUUCUCCUUCACUUCUACCUCCUCCGCAUCCAGAAGUUGAAGCAUACCGUGCAGUACUAGUUACGAAAUUAAGACAACAAUAUCAAGAAAUGUGCCAUUCAAGAGAAGGUAUUGAUGCUCCGAAAGAGUCACUUAAUCGUUGGUUCAUGGAACGCAAAACCAUCGACCGUGGUUGCGACCCUCUCCUUCCUUCCAAUUGUUAUCCAGAGAUAUCUCAGUCGAUGGUGAGAGAAAUCAUGAAUGACAUACCAAUCAAGCUAGUGAGACCGAAGUUUUCAGGGGAUGCUCGUAAGCAAUUGUCCAAGUAUGCUGAAGCUGCAAAGAAAAUGAUCGAAACCAGGAAUAUAUCGCCAGAGAGUCGUAAGAUAGUCAAAUGGAAUGCAGAAGAUGCUUUUCAGUGGAUAAGGAAGACUUUAAAUGCCACUUUUGAUGACUAUCUAGAAAGACUUGCUCAUCUGAAACAACAAUGUCAACCUCAUCUUGUAGAAGCAGCCAAAGACUCUGUUGACUCCAUUUGUGCAAAAAUAUAUCAUCUGUCAUGUGAUUAUGCUAAAAAAAUACGGGACAAGCAUUGGGCACUCUUUAGACAACAUGGUAUUGAAGAGAUUACAAGUCCUCUGCAAGUAAGCAUUCAUAAAAAGGUGUAUUGUUAUCCUGUACAAUUUGCAAUUUCAUCCCCUCACUUACCUGCUGUGCAGCAUCAUCCCGAAAAGGAAUACACUCUUUUGAGGUUCAAAGGAGAUGUUGUUCGAAUCAGUACUGUGUACUUCCAGAAACUGGAGCAUUUAUAUAGUCUAAAUUGUUCUGAUGAUCGGAAAUUUGAAAAUUUUCUUUCCCGUGUGUGGUGUAUGCUGAAACGUUAUCAAUCUUUUGCUGGUAUCAGUCACAAUGAAGGACAUGGCAUUCAGGGCUCACUCCCUGUUGCGGUCUUUGAUUGCCUGCACAAGCACUUCAGUGUCACCUUUGAGUGUUUUUCCUCUCCUUUAAACUGCUUCUUCAGACAGUACUGCUCAGCUUUUCCUGACACAGACAGUUUUUUUGGAUCCCGUGGACCUUUUUUAAAUUUCUUCCCUGUAAGUGGAUCAUUUGAGGCUAAUCCACCAUACUGUGAAGAACUGCUUGAUGCUACUUUGGUUCAUUUUGAGGAAGAGUUACCCCAGGCCCAGGGCCUAGUAGACAUGUCCCUUAAUCAGGCCUGA